AUGAAAGCGAUAGGUGAUCUGAUACAGCAAAGGCGAAAGGCUUGCAGCACUCACAUACGCUGCAUACCCGAGGACGACACACUAAUGCCAACUCGUGUUCUGAUCCUAUGUGGAGACGAUGCACGACCCUCGAUCCGACUCGUAGAAAGCCAUGGCCAGGAAGGACGAUAUAUAGCUUUGAGUCAUUGUUGGGGCUCAACUGGAAAGCAGCUAAUCCGCACAACCUCCAAGAACCUUAGGGCUCACCAAGAUAGUAUUACAUUCAAGGAUCUCCCGAAGACAUUCCAGGAUGUCGUAGAACUCGCACAAGUUAUUGACAUCAAACACAUCUGGAUCGACUCACUUUGCAUUCUGCAAGAUGAUCACCAGGACUGGCUUUCAGAAGCAGCGAAAAUGGGCGAUGUUUACCGGAACGCGGCUGUAGUCGUGGCUGCCUCGGGUGCGAAAGACUCCAGUGAAGGCCUCUUCACCAGCAAUCGUCCAAGGACAAGAAUCGUCCGUCUAACUUAUCGAAUAGCUGGUGAUAUCAAUGGUACAUUCAACAUGAUGGAACUGUCCGGAGAUUGGGACCCGAGGAUUGGUCCUCUUGAGAGACGGGCUUGGACGCUUCAGGAACGUUAUCUUGCGCGACGUCUCGUCACAUUCAUGCCAAAUAGCGUUGGAUGGAUAUGCCAGAAAAGUUUGAGACAUAAGGAAGAAGGUGUACUCUAUGAAUUCGGCCAAGAACGAGACUGGCUUUUGCUAUUGCGCUUCUAUACAACAAGAUCUCUCACGAUUCCAACAGACCGCACUGAGGCCCCCAGAAGAAUUGCCGAAGAGUUCCAAUGUUCUCGGAAGGAUCGAUAUAUUCUUGAUUUCGGUGUGUGGGAAGACAACCUCGUGAUCCAACUACUUUGGUGA